CGGAAAUGAUUAAAAUGUCAAAUGGCACAAAAUUUGAAAUCCAGAUAAAUAAAGAACAAGUAUAGUAAAAGUUGGCAAUAGGAAUACAUGUGAACAGUGAUACUUUGAAGCUAGAACAGUCCAAGUAUUUGUAAUAGAUAUAGGCAAAGGUGGAAAGUAGAGACGACUGACAAAAAGUUGCAUUUUUGUAUAGAAAUACAACCACAACAAAAAACAAAGGCUCAACGCCUUGCAAAAAGGAAGUUGAUGGAACUAUCAUUAUAUGUUAUUGUUUGACAUUCUUGACAUUUUACCAGACAUACAUGUAGGGAGUUGAAGAUAAGCUUGUUACAUUCAGCCCAUGUGACAUCGAGUUUAACCUGAAUUAACUUAUACAACAGUAUGUUGACAACCAGGACCAGGUUGAAAGUGUUAGCAGAGAUAGUUGAAGAGGAAGAAGAUGUUGGUUCACCUACAAUUUGUGAGGAUAUCAGAGGGACUCCAGUUAGGGUCGUGAGGGCAGAGAGUGUGGAGGAGGAUGAUAGAAGAGAACGGCGGAGAAGGAGAAUUACAGAAGAGCUGUUUGAAACUGAGAAAACAUAUAUACACCAUUUAGAAUUAGCUUAUAAGUUUUUUGAGUUCCCAUUGAGGUUUAACUGUUUGGUGUCAGAGCGAGCACAUGCACAGCUUUUCAGUAACCUGGAGCAGAUUCUUGAAGUGAAUAAAAAGCUUUUAGAGUACAUGGAGCAGACUACUGUGGGAACAGCGUUCAAGUUUCUGGGACCUUUCUUGAAGUUAUACUCAAUGUAUGCAAAUAAUCACCAACAAGCAAUAUCAACAUUGCAGGAUAGUCUGAAAAAUGAAAAGUUUGCAGAAUUUAUCAGAGAGCAGGAAGACAGGCCUGAAGUAAUGGGACUGAAAAUUGGAGCUUUACUUAUAACCCCUGUACAGAGGAUACCUAGGUAUAAAUUACUGCUUGAAGAUCUUUUAGAAAACACAAGUGAAGAACAUCAUGAUUAUGCAAUGUUGAAAGAAGCAGCAAAGCAGGUUGGUGAGAUUGCCAGACACAUCAACGAGCAUGUAAGACAGAAUGAGAACUUCCAGAAAAUGUUGUCCAUACAUAACAGUUUUGACAACUCAGCUCCAAAAAUACUUGCUCCAGGGAGAGUUUUUAUCAAAGAAGGAAAACUUAAUAAGAUAUCGAGACGAGGUGGCAGAUCACAGGAGCGUAUGUUUUUCCUGUUCUCUGAUAUGAUGAUAUAUGGCAAACCCAAACUGUUGGACAGUGGUAACAACUCCUAUACCUGUUGUUGUGUGCUGCCACUUAAACAUUGUCAAGUGGAGAAAGUUCUUGGUAGUGUACAACGCACGGACGGUGGUGGCAUGUUCAGGAUAAACUGUAAGGAGGAGAGCCUAUUGUUAUUCUGUACUGAUCCUGACGAGGCCCAGUCAUGGGUAGACUGUACUGAAGCUGCAAUAAGAAAACUGAAUGUAAAUAGACAAACGUUAAGAAAACCAAGCAGUCAGAAUGUGCCAGUUAGAGGAAAGUCUUUACUCAAGAUGAGGUUGAGAGAAAGAAAACAAGAUUUGAAGCGUAAACUUCAGCCAAAGAGAAGAGCCUCUAAGGCCACAACAGAAGGUCGACCACCUAUGAAAACUUUGGUAGAGAACUGCUUGACUCCACCAAAACGCCAGAGGAUGAAUUCCCAUGUAGAAAGUGAAGCAUCUUGUUCCACUGGUACUGUUGAAGAAGAGAAUGAAAUUUGUCUUGACAACUGGAACCCUGAAGAGGCGCAGUAUGUAAACAAUGAUGUAGAUGAUAACAAUGAUGAAAACUAUGAAGAUGAUGACGAUGAUAAUGAAUAUAUAGAUGAAAAUGUCCCCACAAUAGUUAUUGAAAAUCCUCCAUACAGGGAAUUGUUAGAGGAUAUUGAAAAUGAAUGUGACAAUGUUACAGCUAGUGGGAGCAGUAGGGUUAAAUUUAGUUCAGAUGUUACGAUGCAUAAUGGAAACUCGUCACAGCCCUGGUUUAAUCCAAAAUUACAACAAAAAGAGGAAUCUUCAUCUUGCUCCACAUGGCCUAUUAGGAGGGUUGUACAGAGAGGAACGAAAGUAACAUCCCGUAUAGGUGGAAUGAUGGACAGUGUUCGAGACCAUAAAUCUUGUAUAAUUAUUUAGAUAGUCUACAGAUAUAAUUGAGCUGCCCCAUGAGAAAACCAACAUAGUGCAUUUGCCACAGCAUGGAUCCAGACCAGCCUGCGAAUCCGCGCAGUCUGGUCAGGAUCCAUGCUGUUCGCUUUCAAAGCCUAUUGCAAUUAGAGGAAUCGUUAGCGAACAGCAUGGAUCCUUACCAGACUGCGCAGGUUAGUCUGGAUUCAUGCUGGUCGCAAAUGCACUAUGUUGAUUUUCUCAUGGUGUGGCUUUGUUUGUAUACCAGUACUCAUUUUGUAACUCUUGUAAUAUAAAGAAAACGUGAUAUUAAAAUUUAAUUGGUAAUAAAGUCUUUAAUGUAAAAAUCAACAAAAAAGUGAUAUUUUUUCAGAUUAUAUAUUUGAGUGUUGUUAUAUUUUUGAUGUAUUCUCUCUAAGUAUCAGAGAACCUUCAAGAUAUGUGAAAAGAAUUUUCAGGUGUUUAUUAAGUAAAUAGACACAUAUCAUAAAAGGCUGGUUCUUAAAAAUAGUUUGGAAAAAUCAAGACUUGAUUUGUUAUUGAAAAAUAUAGACAAUUUUGCUUCACUUACUAGGUCAUAAUAGAAUAAUUAUCAUUAUAAUUGUCACCAUUUGUGCUUUAUUGUGGACAUUCCGAUUAUUGCUAAUAUAUAGCCAUUCCAUAAUUAACGGCAGUCAUUAAAUACAUUUCCCAUUCUAGGUAAUACAUAACCAUUCUGUAAUGGACUGCAGUAAUUUAUUCAUUUUCUGAUUCUUGCAAAUAUAAUAUGUAAUGAACUAGAGUUUAUACAUUUUUCAAUUUUUGCUAAUAUAUGACCAUUUCAUAAUGAACUGCAGUAAGUAUGAAUUUUCUGAUUCUUGCAAAUAUAUCGCCUGUAAUGAGCUGCAGUUAAUAAUGCAUUUUCCAAUUCUUGCUAAUAAUAUAUAGAGGAUAUUACAUGAGUGUCUUUUUAUAUUGAAUUUAUUAAAUGAGUUGAAUAAAAUGCGAGGCUCUGUCGAGUGUUUUAUCAAUUUUAUUCAACGAGUUUAAUAAAUUCAGUGUGGGAAGUCACAAAUGUAAUAUUCUUUUUAUCACAUGUUAGAUUUUCCUGUCGAAAACUCAUACAUUCUACUUUCUUCUACUAUAUAAACAAGUCAAUUUGACCAACGUCUCAUGUACUAUAAAUGACGUCGACGUCAAAGCUUUAUUA